AUGUCGGUGGAAGUAGAUGUACGUCUUUUGGGGUCAGCGGAGUUCGGCGCGACAGCUGUAAUUGGAGAUGACGCAUCAUGUCAAACUGCAACAACAAACGGAUUUUCGGCAACAUCAUCAGCUGCGCAUAUGUUGGGACAAUUUUCAAAACUUAUGUCAUUGAAUCAUCCCAACCUGUGCAAAUACGUGGAGUUUGUUCGAUCAGCAGUUCUUGAGAAUGCAGGUUUUAUGAUUUCGGAGCAUUAUUCACAGUCAGCUGUUGAAGAACUGAAGGAAUGUAAAAAGUUGGAUGUGGCACGAAUCAUAUCUUUGUUACAAGCGGUCUUGUCAGCUUUUACGUACUUGCAUUCUCAGCAUAUCAUUAUUGGUUACUUCAAUUUAAAUUCGAUCCUUUUGUCAUCUCAGAAUUUGGUUCGGUUAGCGCAGUAUGGUUUGCACUGUAUCAGUGGCAGUAGAAGAGAUUUAGAAUACCGCAUUAAUUAUUCUUGGUACCUUCCGCCAGAGCGUUUCUUGCAAGCUCAAAUCAAAAAUGGUUUCGUUUGUCGAGCGGGAGAUAUCUGGUCAUUUGGGAUUGCUGCGCUUGAACUCUCAAUCGGUUGCCUUCUUUCUGAAAUUUGGUCUCCGAAGCAGUUUUAUUGCACACUUAUUGCCUUAAUCAGAAAAAAACGGAGUGGCUCGAUUUUUCGGUUAUUGUUGGCUGAAAUUCAACAGAAGGAACGAAGUAUUCAUAUUGCGUCAAAUAACACGAUCAUGACGAUACUUGAGAAAGCGCUAUGUGUCCUUCCGUCGCAACGACCUACUGCCAGGGAGUUACUUUCUAUAAUCAAGGAUGGAAGUAAUAGUCACUCAAACAUAAGUGAAGAUUAUAGUGUGUAUAAUAGUGAAAACGACGAAAGCAGUCUGGCGGAAAGUGCUGAACAUAUGAGAGAAUUGUUAGAAAGUGAAGGAACAGAAGCAGUUCAAAAUUUACCUAUUAACGAAGCCUUUUUUUUAUGGAAGUUAUGUGGAAGCAGUAUUGAAACUAUUUUUCUUAAUCAUGGCAUUAUUAAAGCAAAUCCACCUGUUCUCGCUUUACCAUAUUUGGUUGAUGGAGAUUGCUUUAUGUAUGGUAAUGCUCAUAUAAGGAAAUAUGAAUUCGCUUUCGAUAUUUUUAUCCUUCCAUCAAAUAAUUUUCGCGACAGGAUGAAGUCCCUUAACGAAAGCAGAUUUUUGAUUUCAUUUGAAAUGGAAGAGAAAACGCGAGAGUCAAACGAUUUGUCGCUAAUGGUGAAGGAAAAAGAUAUUGAAUACCAGGGUCGACGGAUGCUUAUUCUUCGCCGUUUACUUUCAAGUUAUCCGUUCAAAAAGUCACUUUUGUUUUGCGAAUGUUGUCAUGACAUUCCUCCCCUAUAUAGAGCUAAUUUGUGGAGUGCAUUGUUGAAUAUAUAUUGGGAUGUUGAGAAACGUUUCAUAGCAGUUGAUACUUUUUCUCCUCAUGCUUCUGAUCGCCAGUUAUUGGUCGAUAUUCCUCGUUGUCAUCAGUAUGACGAUUUGAUGGCUUCACCAAUUGCUCAUCGCAAACUGAAACGUCUUUUGAAGGCAUGGCUCCUUUUACAUAAAAAUUACGUUUAUUGGCAAGGUUUGGACUCUCUAGCGGCACCAUUUCUUGUUCUUAACUUCACUCAUUUAGCCAGUGCAUAUUCUUGUCUAGAAUCGUUCAUCAGACUCUAUUUGCAUGACUUUUUCUUGCGAGACAAUUCAUCUGUUGUGCAAGAAUAUUUGGCAGUUUUUUUUCAUCUUUUGGCAUUCGUGGAUGCAGCAUUAUAUACACAUCUCUCCAUUAUGGAUUUCCGUCCUGAGUUAUUCGCUAUUCCAUGGUUUCUCACUUGUUUUGCCCAUAUAUUACCUCUGCAUAAGUUAUUCUAUGUUUGGGAUGUUUUAUUGUUAUCGGACUCAUCUUUUCCAUUAUUUGUUGGACUUGCAAUCAUGGAACAGUUACGGGCUGGACUUAUUACUACGCAUUUCAAUGAUGCGAUCUUACUUUUUUCAGAUCUUCCAGAUCUAAAUAUGGAACGUUUGGUGCAGUAUUCAUUGAAUUACUACAAUAUUGUGCCAGCAUCAUGCACCUUCAGACAAUAUGCAUCGAAACAUGUGCGAGAGGAGUAUGCAAUGACGCAUUAUACUGUAACUGAAUUGAAUGAAUUUUGUUGUCCGCGAAUAUCAGCUACCGAUGUCAUUCGUCUCACUGAAUAUUCUUCAUUACUUGUUAUCGAUGUCCGUCCACAAUACGAAUAUUCUCGUGGUGCUAUUGUGGGCAGUGUGAAUUUACCUCCGUAUGGUGAGGAAGAUACGUUGGAUACCCUUAAAACAGCAUUAAUGAACGCGCAGUCAGCAGGUCAUGUCAUCGUUAUCGUUGAUAACGAACAUUUGCAGAGGGCUAAAAAGAUAUCAAAGUUAUGCGUGCUGGAAGGAUACAAUUGUGUGUGUGUUUUGGAUGGUGGUGUUCAGAAAGUUCGCUCUAUGCACGAUAUCUUUUGCAUACCUUCUUGA